AUGGCUGACUCGGGGGAAGCAAAGCACCUGGAAAGCAACACGAAGUUGCAGUACGCGAAGAACCACGUGCCAGCGUUCGUUGCGCACGACGGGACGAUCAACAAGGUGGAUGAGAGCGCCGACUACCAGGCCAAGGAGUCCGACGAGCACUACCUCCGGAAAUUCGACGCGUUGCCGGACGAGCCGAAGUUCCAAGUCGAGUACGUCAUGAACGAAGAGCCCGAGCCGCCCAAGGCUGCGAAAAAGGGCAAGGGCAAGAAGUAG